GUCACUUCCAGGGUAGUGGCUCGAGGCAAUUUUCAGAAAGAUAAUCCGGUCUGUUUUAUUAGUAAGCAGUUUGAGUCAUUAACGCAAUCUGAUUGUCUGAUUUUCGUCCGGCCAGCUCUUUGCUACCAUACUGUACUCGCAUAUCAGUGUGCAAGCGUACACUACACUUGUAUCUACACUUGUAUCUAAAUGUCUUCAGUCAGACGAUUUAUUUGAAGCCACGCGCAAAACGUCGGUGCAUUGCGAAAACUGCCGCACGACGAGCGCUGCCAGAUUCAGAUACCGACUGUCCCGCGCCGCUUCUCACAUAUAAUUUCUAAUUGUUUUAUUUCUUACUGUACGCAGUCGGCCGCGCAGCCGUCAUGACCUUUUUCGCUUCCGCCCGUCGCAUAGUUCUCAGUGGGGCAUUGGUCAGUGCGCAUGCCUUUAUUCUCGGUAUCGAUUGGGUGGAUUUUUUCGUCAACGGUACCGCGGACUAUUCGCAUGCCUGUACGCGGUAUAGGUAUAACCCCGUAUUGCUUGUCGUUACCACGACCUUCUCUGAGAUGACCACGACAAUCGCCUUUGCUCAUCUGCUGGUGUCGCUGUACGUUUAUGGGAAGCAACGCUCACUGUAUCGGAUCUUACGCCGGGAUCUCGGUAAUAGCGACUUCCCGUCCACCGUUUCCCGCGCUCACGGCGGGCUAACGCUUUUGCUGGCACUUGGUCCGACCGGCGUCCUGUUGGCCGUCCUGCUGCCGCUGGCCAUCCGGCCGGUGGUGGUCAGUAUGUUCAGUAACACCACGGUGCGGUACGCUUACGUCACGGUACCCACGGUGGUAGUGGAAGUGUGGUAUGCGGUGAUGUUGACCAUAAACUGCGCUAUCGUCACUGUCAGCUUUACCGCCAUAACGACCAUCGUCUGCAGCUUCAAGCGGGCCGCCCAAGGAAUCCUCGACGGGCUGAACACUCUGUCCCUGCGUGUUUCACGCUUGUCGGCCGUGGAAUUAUUACCACAGGCUAGCCAAUACGAAAGGCAGCUGGAAAUAUUAGGUUCUCGGUCUAGUCGCGCUGGCAGCCCUGUUUUUUUGGGAUAGGAGAGAGGGAUUCGCAGGAGGCGCUUGUCCGGGAUUGUCCGGAAACCGGAUAGCGAUUCUGUUCAACAGCACGGCAACCAUGGAUUUGUAACAGUGUUAUAAAUCCAUGGUUGCCGUGCUGUUGGACAGAAUCACAAUUGUAAUGCAUAAAUAAUGUCAUUAUUUAUGCAUUACAAUUGUAAAUCUUUCCCUGCCCACGCAUCUUUCCCUUCGCAUUUUAUAAGGAAACACUGGAGCACUCUCAUCAUCACUUUUUGAAAUUAAUCACAGAUUUGCUGCAGUAGAAUUAUUUUUUGAUUUGUUUGCGUUGACCUAACUGUAUCCAGCAGCUUGCCUUUUUCGUCGGCAGAAACAGUUCCAGUCUUGCAGAUGAAUUUAAAUUUAAAUAACGUGCCGUUGUAAGACAAAUUAGCAAAGGUGUUUUAUUGGAUUUUGUAACUGCUGGUGAUGUAUCCUGUGUGACAUAGAUGUACAGAGUAUUGUAUCGCCUGCCCCUACGUACAGAUACUUACUGAACAAAAGUGCAGCUGCGUUGGCUACUUGGAAAAA